AUGGUGCUGCCCAGCCAUGUUGCGCACGCCUCUGCCGAACGCUUCAGGGAACAGGAAAGCGCUGGAGUGGAGAGACGCUAUGGCGCCAUCGGAGCCUUCGACUAUCAGAUGGAUGUCAACACCUGGAGAAGUGCAAGCAAGUCAGAAUUCAUGUAUGUGGAAGUUGGAAGUUUAGUCUCCACCCAAGCGGCCGAUGAAGCUGGCGAAUCAGCACUGGACGGUUUUGGAUUAGAAGAUCAAGGGGAGAUCCCCAAGGUCAAUGGCACGGCAUCGGACAAAGUUGCAUUUCAGCAGCAGUGUCAGAACUAUCACCGGGAGAAGUGGCUCACGCUGAGUCAAAUCUUGGAUAUCAUGGAAUCAUCACGGGACGGCUCCAUAGAAGAAACACGUCAGAAGCUGCGUGUUUUGGAUGUGGGCACUGGUGAUGGGAAGACAUUAGCAUAUUUGCACUCCAGGGGCUACCCCUGGUGCAAUCUGUUGGGCAUUUCAGCCGAAGAUAUGCGAAACCAGAAGCUUUUGGAGGACGAACUUCCCUUUGAUCCAGGCUGUCCUGUAUCAUCCUACUGGGUGGGCAAUGUGGAGCAGUUGGUUCGUAGUGAAGAGGGGCUGCAGAUGCUGCAAGGCGGAAAAUUCGACCUGAUCGUGAGUUGGGUCACAUUUUGUUGGCUGGCAGAUCCUGUCGGAACGCUGGCGGCGCUCUACAAUUCGUGGCUCGAGCUGGGUGGCUGCAUGUUGAUCAGCUCCCUUCCAUUCUUGCUGGAUUCCAAACAGGAGAUCCCUGAGAAAGAUGACGCUGGUGUGGAAUACGUGCCCUCCGAACAACAGGAGCAGCUCUGGUUCAUCAGCUGGGUGGAAUACUUGCGACAGGAACAUGGCAUGCAGAUCCAAGUGAUGCGCGAUGGCUUCAAUGGGGUCUACUUCUGGUGGUUGCAGUACAAACCUAAUGCAGUUCCACUGGUGUUGGAACCGGCUCUGAACUAUGGUGACUUGCUGGGUAACAGCACUUGUUAUGGCAUCAAUGUGGAUCUCUUAGAUCCCUAUCGCCACCAUGCCUUACGGACCUUCCUCCGUCCCGUGGGCCCCUUCGACGUCGACGGAUCCGGAUCCGCGAGGGCGCCGGCGUUGCUGCUGCCCAGCACCUGUCGUCGAAGCUUUGAAGCACUGGUGCUGGUGUCCUCGGAUCGUCAAAAGGCUAUGGUACUGCGUGGCGCGGAAGCCGAAGCGGCACAGGGCGACAUUCAAGUUCGACUUCGGCGCAUUGUGAUCGAAUGCCUGGCCCAUCUGGAUCAAUCUGAUGCUAAAGUUGAUACCAUCCUGCAAUAUUUGAGGGAGCUGUUGACAAAGCUUGAUGUCUGCAAUGACCAAGCGAUCAUGUCCCGCAAACAGUGGUUGCGGUUGCGCUCCUAUGUUUGCAUCGAACGUGAUGAUGCUUCUGUUUUAGCUUCGAGCUCCAAAGAUUUGAAAGCGCGGAAGCGAGCUCUCAGUUCCCUGCGGCGCAUCCACAGCAGCUCCAAGCUAAGGGAGUUUGGAGCUGAGAGAGGGAGGAGUGGAGGAGUUUGGUGCGCCUGGAUGGCCUUGCUUCGGACCAUUGCUCCUGACUUCGAAGGCAACAUGGCCGAGGAGGCUGAGAUUGAAAUGAGCCGCUUGCCGGGUGGUGGCCCAACAGGCAAGGCGCCCUUGGUGCGGGCGUUGCGCGCCCGCCAGCCGGAUCUCAAGAAGGUGGCGUGUCUCUGGCUGGACCGUUUCCACUCGGAGAAGUAUGGUGCUCUGGCCGAGCUCAUUGGCCUGGUCAUGGCCACUCGGAGUGGUCUGCGCAAGGCCGUUGCGGACAUCUCUGGUGAGACCACGGUGAUGAAAGAGGACCUUGAGGAGACGUCUUUGGUGGUUGACACGCUCAAAACCACCCUCCAAAAACUCUUGGUCGAAGAGCGCGCGCCUCCGGAGGUGGUCUCGGAGCUCGCGGCCGCCUUGGUGCAGGAGGCCGUCGAGAAAGGUGCUGACUUCUCGCAGCACUGGCUGGUCUCCAGAGAGAAAGGUGCUGUGAGGGUCCGGGAGAACUUCCCAGCCAUUUGGCGUGAGCUGGCGUUGGCGCCGAACACGGAGGAUCUUUUGGGGGACCUGGUGCAGCGCUUGAGAGCCUCUUGGGCGGAAUGA